GGCCCCGAGCUCGGACAGCGCGGCGGUCCCGCGCAGCGGACGCGGCAGCGUGGCGAGCAAUGGCCUGAGCCCCCAUGGCUGCCCCUCAGGACCUGGACAUCGCCGUGUGGCUGGCCACAGUGCACCUGGAGCAGUAUGCGGACGCGUUCCGGAGGCACGGCCUGGUUACUGCGGCAGCGGCCCGGGGCCUGGGCCACGACCAGCUGAGGCAGUUGGGCAUCAGUGCCACCGGGCACCGGAAACGCAUUCUGCGCCUGCUGCAGGCCAGCACUGCUGAGAGCUCGCCAGACCCACAGUCGGACAGUGCCAUGGAGCCAUCUCCCAGCUCAGAUUCCCAAGCCCAGCCUGCCAGGCCGGUGCCCAAGCCCAGGACAGUGUUCGCGGGGCUUAGUGGCCCUGCCACCACCCCGAGGCCUGGGUGGAGCCCGGCCUUCUGGAGACCAGAAGCCUCCAGGAGCCCCGACUGCGGCCCUGGAUCCCCACCCUGCCCCAAUGCCGCUGAACCCCCUUCAUCCUCAAGCACCAUGGAAAUGAUGCCCAAUGCCAUCUAUUUUGGCCUGGACCUCCGAGGGAGGCCCCAGGCAGCUCAGGACAGUGCCCCAGACACCGCCCAGACAGCUGCCCCCAGCCCAACUCUCAGGCCCACUGUGGGCACAGUGCACAUCAUGGACCCUGGUUGCCUGUACUAUGGUGUCCAGCCUGUGGGGGUCCCAGGUACCCCUGACAGAAGAGAGGGAAGAGGUCUCUGCCAAGACCGGACUGAACACAGGCUCAGUCGGCAAGACCGGGAGGAUGCUGGCUAUGCCAGUCUAGAGCUUCCUGCGGAAGCCACCCUCUCGCUGCCCAGCCUGGACACAGAGGAGACCAGCGAUGACCUCAUCUCCCCCUAUGCCAGCUUCUCCUCCACGGCUGACCGCCCCAUGCCCCUGCUCAGUGGCUGGCUGGACAAGCUCUCCCCUCAAGGAAACUACGUUUUCCAGAGGCGCUUCGUGCAGUUCAAUGGCCGGAGCCUGAUGUACUAUGGCAGUGACAAGGACCCCUUUCCCAAGGGCGUGAUCCCGCUGACCGCCAUUGAGAUGACCCGCAGCAGCAAGGACAACAAGUUUCAGGUCAUCACUGGCCAGAGGGUGUUCGUGUUCCGCACAGAGAGCGAGGCUCAGCGGGAUGUGUGGUGCACCACCCUGCAGUCCUGCCUGCGUGAGCAGCGCCUCCUGGGCCCCCCGCGUGCCCCCCAGACGCCCCGCCCGCUCCGGACUGGCCCGCUGGAACUGCGGGGACAUAAGGCCAAGGUGUUCGCUGCCCUGAGCCCCGGGGAGCUGGCCUUGUACAAGAGCGAGCAGGCCGCCUCGCUGGGCAUUGGGAUCUGCUUCAUUGAGCUGCAGGGCUGCAGCGUCCGGGAGACCAAGAGUCGAAGCUUUGACCUGCUCACGCCUCUCCGCUGCUUCAGCUUCACAGCCGAAUCUGGGGGGGCUCGGCAGAGCUGGGCGGCCGCUCUGCAGGAAGCAGUGACCGAGACCCUGUCUGACUACGAGGUGGCCGAGAAGAUCUGGUCGAAUCGGGCAAACCGGCAUUGUGCGGACUGUGGGGCCUCACGCCCAGACUGGGCCGCUGUCAACCUGGGCGUGGUCAUCUGCAAGCAGUGUGCAGGUCAGCACCGGGCCCUGGGAUCGGGGAUCUCCAAGGUGCAGAGCCUCAAGCUGGACACGAGCGUGUGGAGUAACGAGAUCGUGCAGUUGUUCAUUGUCCUGGGAAAUGAUCGUGCCAACCGCUUCUGGGCAGGGGCUCUACCUCCAGGUGAGGGGCUGCAACCAGACACCAGCCCCGGCACCCGGGGAGAGUUCAUUUCCCGGAAGUAUCGUCUGGGGCUCUUCCGGAAGCCCCAUCCUCAGUAUCCAGAUCAUGGGCAGCUUCUUCAGGCGCUGUGUGCAGCUGUUGCAGGUCCCAACCUGCUGAAGACCAUGACGCAGCUCCUGUGUGCUGAGAGCUCAGAGGGAGAUGAGCCCUGGUCCCCCUCGGGCCUCGAAGGCGGCUUCCCUGGAAUCCUGCCCCCAGACCCCUCCCCGGGUGUGUACAACGAGGUGGUGGUUCCUGCCACUUACAGCGGCUUCCUGUACUGUGGCCCUGUCAGCAGCAAAGCGGGACCAGCACCCCCACGCAGGGGCCGGGAUGCGCCCCCCCGGCUGUGGUGUGUGCUGGGAGCAGCUCUGGAAAUGUUUGUGUCAGAAAACAGCCCUGACGCGCUCGGCCUCAUCCAGCCCCAGGACGUUGUGUGUCUGGGCGUGAGCCCCCCUCCUGCCGACUCCGGAGACCUGGACAGGUUCCCGUUUUCCUUUGAGCUCAUCCUCACUGGGGGACGGAUCCAGCAUUUUGGCACGGACGGGGCUGAUAGUCUGGAGGCCUGGACCAGCGCACUGGGCAAGUGGUUCUCCCCGCUGAGCUGUCACCAGCUGCUGGGUCCCGGGUUGCUGCGGCUGGGCCGACUCUGGCUGCGCUCGCCCUCCCACACGGCCCCAGCUCCUGGCCUCUGGCUGUCAGGGUUUGGCCUCCUUCGUGGGGACCACCUGUUCCUAUGUUCAGCGCCAGGCCCGGGUCCCCCAGCUCCCGAGGACAUGGUGCAUCUACGGCGGCUUCAGGAGAUCAGUGUGGUCUCUGCAGCCGACACCCCAGACAAGAAGGAACAUUUGGUUCUGGUGGAGCCAGGAAGGACCCUGUAUCUACAGGGCGAGGGCCGGCUGGACUUCUCAGCAUGGAACGCCGCCAUUGGGGGUGCAGCCGGUGGGGGCGGCACCGGGCUGCAGGAGCAGCAGAUGAGCAGAGGGGACAUCCCUAUUAUCGUGGAUGCCUGCAUAAGCUUCGUCACCCAGCACGGGCUGCGGCUGGAGGGUGUCUACCGGAAAGGGGGUGCCCGCGCACGCAGCCUGCGGCUCCUGGCUGAGUUCCGACGGGAUGCCCGCUCAGUCAAGCUGCGUCCCGGCGAGCACUUUGUGGAGGAUGUCACCGACACACUCAAACGCUUCUUUCGAGAGCUCGAUGACCCUGUGACCUCUGCGCGGAUGCUGCCUCGCUGGAGGGAGGCUGCCGAGCUGCCCCAGAAGAAUCAGCGCCUGGAAAAAUACAAGGAAGUGAUCAGCUGCCUGCCUCGGGUCAACCGCCGCACGUUGGCCACCCUCAUCGACCAUCUUUACCGGGUGCAGAAGUGUGCGGCUCUAAACCAGAUGUGCACACGGAACCUGGCCCUGCUGUUUGCGCCCAGCGUAUUCCAGACCGAUGGGCGAGGGGAGCAUGAGGUGCGGGUGCUACAGGAGCUCAUCGACAGCUAUGUCUCUGUCUUUGAUAUCGACUCUGAUCAGGUCGCUCAGAUUGACCUGGAGGUUAGCCUAAUCACCACCUGGAAGGACGUGCAGCUGUCCCAGGCCGGGGACCUCAUCAUGGAGGUUUAUAUAGAGCACCAGCUCCCAGACAACUGUGUCACCCUGAAGGUUUCCCCAACCCUGACUGCGGGGGAGCUGACGAACCAGGUACUAGAGAUGCGGGGAGCAGCCACUGGCACAGACUUGUGGGUGACAUUUGAGAUUCGAGAGCACGGGGAACUUGAGCGGCCGCUGCACCCCAAAGAGAGGGUCCUGGAGCAGGCUCUGCAAUGGUGCCAGCUCCCAGAGCCUGGCUCGGCUUCCUUGCUCCUGAAGAAAGUCUCCCUGGCGCAGGCCGGCUGCCUCUUCACGGGUAUGCGGCGGGAGAGCCCGCGGGUGGGGCUGUUGCGGUGCCGGGAGGAGCCGCCCCGCUUGCUAGGAAACCGCUUCCAGGAGAGAUUCUUCCUGCUGCGGGACCGCUGCCUGCUGCUUCUGAAGGAGAAGAAGAGCUCUAAACCGGAACGGGAGUGGCCUUUGGACGGGGCCAAGGUGUACUUGGGCAUCCGCAAGAAGUUAAAGCCUCCCACGCCGUGGGGCUUCACGCUGCUACUGGACAAGAUGCACCUCUACCUGGCCUGCACUGAUGAGGAUGAGAUGUGGGACUGGACCACCAGCAUCCUCAAAACCCAGCAUGAUGACCAGCAGCCAGUGGUCCUGCGCCGCCGCUCCGCCUCUGACCUGGCCCGGCAGAAGUUUGGCACCAUGCCCUUGCUGCCCAUCCGCGGGGACGACUGCGGUGCUACCCUCCUCUCGGCCAACCAGACCCUGCGGCGACUUCACAACCGGAGGACCCUGUCCAUGUUCUUUCCCAUGAAGUCAUCGCAGGGGUCUGUGGAGGAGCAGGAGGAGCUGGAGGAGCCUGUGUAUGAGGAGCCAGUGUACGAGGAAGUGGGGGCCUUCUCCGAGCUAACCGAGGAAACCUCCACCUCCUUCGCCAUGCCAGAGCGGACAGCCGACUCCGAGGCCCCCUCUGCCAAGCAGAGGUCCUUUGAUCAGUCACUGCUCUCCAAGGCAGGCGACCUGGGCCUGGAAGAGCAGCCCCCCGAGCCCCCUUUGAGCCCCCCUUCAAAGAGAAGCCCCCAGGCGCAGGGGUCCCUGGAGGAGCAGCUGCUCCAGGAGCUCAACAACCUCAUCCUCAGGAAGGGAGAGCCCCUGGGCAGCCCCUCCCAGCCCCCCAGCCCCCAGCCCCCCAGCCCUCAGCCCUCCAGCCCUGAGCCCCCCAGCCCUCAUUGCCUUGCAACACAGAAAGGGGGCUUUCUUGCUCAGCCUCCCUGCACCUCCAGCGCCCCCUCCAGCCAGCCCCUCACCUGAUCUGGGACUGCCGGUCUGAGGGGGUAGGUAACCCACCAUGCCUGACACGACUUCCGGGAGCUGCCUCUCUCUGGCUGGGAGACCACAGGGUCCAGUGUGGGGCUGUGGCAGGGGCCUGUACAGGACUGAGGGCUCCCAGGGCUGGAUUCUGUCUGGAGAAGGGCAGGUCACAGCCUCUCUGGGCCUCAGCUCACUUAACAGUACUCUGCGGUAGUGGGCAAGAAGAACAGUGAAUGCCAAACCCUGGCUCAGAGCUCCAAGUCCUACUUCUUUUCCCCACGAGGAUGAGCCGUGCUUUAUAUGUCUGACCCGAAAGGGUUCUGUCAGAGAUGGGGUUUUAGGGGCUGGAGACAUAGGACAGCAGGCAGGGCACUUGCCUUGCAUACAGCUGACCUAGGCUUAAUUCCUGGCACCCCUAUGGUUCCCCUGAGCCCUGCAAUGAGUGAUCCCUGAGCACAGAGCCAGGAGUAAGCCCUGAGAACGGCCAGGUGUGAUUCUAAAAAAAAAAAAGGAGGGGGGAGGGGAUGUUUUACUGCAUUACAGGGAAGCAGUUGGGCUGGAGAUGUAAUCCAGGGGUUGAGGAGCUUGUCUUGUAUGCAGUGGACACUGGUUUGGUCCCUGGCAUCAAAUGGUCCUUUGAGCAUUGCCAGGUAGGGUCCAAACCACAGCACCCCUCAACUCAAGAAAAAUAUUUGAAGGUCCAGUUGCUGAAUGAUCUUCAAAUCUACCUUACUCCACCUCCUUUGAGGACAACAUUGAAGCUCUAGAGGACCUAGGUCAGCUGGGGUUGGAAGUUGGGGCAAAGAGGAGCUAAAAAAGGACACGUCACUGUUAAUAAACCUUGGAAUCACA